AUGCUUCCGCAACUGCAGGCUCACCCAGCCGGGGCGACGCGUGUGUGUGUGGGCGCCUCACAUGUCUUGACGGGCGGCGUGGACGGCGUUGUGGCGCUUUACCCACAGAAGCGAUGGCCGUCCUGCCAUCAUCUUUGGGCCCGCCAGUGUCACGAUGGAGCUGUCACCUACGUUGUGCUGCAUGCUGCGUUGGAGUUGGCGCUCUCUUGCGGCCGUGACGGCAAAGUUAUUCUGCACGAGAAUGUGCUUUCCACCUCCACCUCUACCUCACGCGUCAUCUGCCGCGUGACGGGUGAAGUUCGCUGCGUUUUGUUUGACGCGGAGCGACAACGCGUGUUUGUCGCCGGCGACUCCCUGCGCUGUCUGCAGAUGUCCCCGAGCGGCUGCAGUGUCCAGACGUUGGCGAUGAAUGUCCCCCAUCCGCUGGUCAGCCUUGCCCUCUCGCCGUGCGGGAACCUUAUUGCCGUGGCAUCCGCGAGCGGAGCUGUAGGCGUUGUGUCUGCCUGGUCCUCCAGCAACUCCCAGGCUUCAUCGUUGUCGCAAACGGAAACUGCGCCAGAGCAGCAGGCGGCGGUGGAACGGCUCAGGAAUGUAAGUCUCAUGCUUCAAAAUGUUCUCUCCCCGACGGCGAAGCGGGACGACACCGUCGCCUACCGACUGUGCUGGGGCCGCGACGGGGAAGGCUCUCUGUUGCUGCUUGUCCCCGGUGUGGCGGAGUUCCGCGUGCUGCGGCUAGAGGAGGCCACAACACCGCCGUACAAACACCGCCUCCGGCACGUGGCUGGGAUUGACAGUUUUGGCAUGACAGACCUGCUGGGCGCCACGUGCUACGCCCUUUCCACCAAUAUCCUAUGUGUGGUGCUUGCCGGCACCACCGGCAUUGUCGUCGCGAAGAUGGAUGUCCGCAAGUGGGGCGUGACGCGUCUGCAGGGGCAGAGCUGCACGGAAGUGACGGAUGCCCAUGCGGAUGCGGCGAGCGGUGAUGUUGUUGUUGGGACGAGGGACGGCACUGUCACCUACCUGCGACGGGUGGCGCCAAAGGCGUUGGCCGCGAAGAGGAUUGCGGACACUGGCGCUUUACCCACGGCCAACGGCGUCGAUGGGUCCGUGAAGAAGAGGCAAAGGGAGGUGCUCUUAGACGGCAGCAGCAGCGUCAGAGGAGCUGACACAGGCAAGAAGAGGCAUUUCGACAAGACUCAAAAGAAGCCUGCAAAAGAUAACGAUGAUGAUAUUAUCGGUGAUAGCAGCAGUGGCGACGAGGAGGUUGGUGAUAGUGAUGAUGACAGUGGGUCUCAUUCCGCUUCCUCGUCCGCUUUGAUCGCUAAGGAAGACUUCCGGCAGGUGGUGGAUGACUUGAAGCGCACCAACCCACACUACAAGGACGACAGCAGCGAGGAGGAGCGACCCUCGCGGUGGCGGAAGCAGAACCCCAAAGAGGCACUUAUAGCUGCUGAGGAGGAGUGCCGUAAACACCGAUCCGUAUUUCUUGACGACGAGGCAGAGGAGUCGUCGGAUAACGCCAGUGACGGUGAUGACACCAUGGAGAGGGGGGAGGGCUACCGUCGUGGUGGCCGUGGCGUAGACGAUGGGGGAUCUUUGGUGGCGACAGAUACAAACAGUUCAUUGGCGUCAUCGCAUUCACUGAAUGAUGUGUCGAUGCAAGCAGCAACUGCAGCUGGAGGCGGGGGUGCGACGACUGUGUUUGACUAUUCCUUUCAAAUUGGUGCAACUCCUGUGGGGGAGGAGGGGAGUUGCUACUUGGCGUACAACUCGGUGGGCUACAUUCACAGCACCGCUGAGGGCACCACAAUUCACUUCCAUGACAUGUCUAUUCAGGCUGUGCGUAUCUUGGAGCGGGGCACUAUUUUGUUGGCUGCAUUGAGUCCUGUGGGGGCCGCCUUUGUGUUGGCGCAGGACGCUGACAUGGACAGCGUGGACGAUACGCCGCGACUGACUUUGUACUACCGCACAUUUGUCGCUAUUGGGGCGCAAUCGGAUUGGCGUGUGCGAUUGUACCCAGGCGAGACGGUUCGGUGCCUUACGGUCGGUAUCCGCUACACGGCGGUCGCCACAAGCCGGUAUCUACGUCUUUUUUCCCUUUCUGGGCUUGAGAUCGCCGUGCUCAGCCUCUUCCCUCGCAUUGUCACGAUGGUGGGAACCAACAGCAGCAAGAUUAUGCACUCCUUCAAAGCCGACUUUGAUCCCCUCGCGGUGUGCUACUUGGAGGGCGGUGGGGAGAUGCGGCUGCAGGUGCUCGAUGUGGGCUCUCGCUCUGUGGUGUUGCCGUCUGUAGUUGUUCCUCUCACAACGCAGCCGGACGGGAGACCGCACCAGCUGCAGUGGAUGGGGUGGUCCGAGGACGGCCCGCUGCAUGUCGCCGACACCGCGGGCGUGCUACGCAUGUUCACGCUCAACUGGGGAGGGAGUUGGCUGCCAGUGCUGGACCCGCAGUGCAUGACGGAUCAGACGUACAAUCUGUGGAUAUGGGGCGUCAGCGAUGAGGCGGUAUUUGCGUACCGCUCAUGCAAGAGCGACCCGCCGUACCCUGUCGCCAUCGCCAGUGGCCUACCCACAGAGCACGUGCGCCUGUUUUUGCCACUCACCCGCUUUGGCACGGAGAAGGAUAUGGUGACAUGGGACCACCUGCUGCGACGCGAGGUGCGUACCGACGAGGUGAAGCGGCGCAGCAGCUUUUACACCGCCGUUAUCGCCAAACACGACGCGCUGCAUGACAGAAAAAUUAUUGAACUUUUUAAAACCACACUACAAGAACAACAGACGACCCGCGCCCUCGACCUCGCGACCCAGCUUGAGCUGCGAGACAACAUUGAGGUAUGCGCCAAGGAGGCCAACGCGCAGGGGCAUGGGCAGCUGGUGCAGAAGCUACUCGCGCUGCUGGAGGUGCGGAUGAAGGCGAAGAAGAGGCGUCGCUGCACCUUGCCGCUUGAAGGCUCCGUCGUUAGUGAGCGAGAGCGGGACAUGCUGCUGCGGAAGCUGCUGGCGAAGGAAAAUCCCGCGGCGGUAGCAGCGGCAGCGACCGCCACGGUGGGCAAUGCCUACACAGGGGAGCCACAGCCAGUAGCGACAACGGCGGUAGUGGAGGCGAGUGGGCGCGUCUCGCAAGCGGCUGCGGUCGUCACCCCCGCGGUGACACCAGAGCGACGGCCAGCUGCUGGUGACGCUCCCAUUGCAACCACCACCGCCGCCGCGGGUGUAUCGAGACGGCAUGUGACAUUUACGGAUCAGGUGGGGCCGUCACCUACAAAGCGGCCGGCGGAAGUCACGACCACCACGCCGCCAAGGAACGUCCUGGAAAGGGGGAUGAAGAGCAGCAGCCCUCAGCAGCAGGGUCCAGCGAUAAGCACGCCAACCCGCACGAAGCCACAGAACCCGUUCAGCAAACCUGCCAAGACGACGAUGAUAGCAUUGACGAAGGCGCCGUCGGCCCAGCCACCACUGGGCAGUCGCUCUACGUCGUGUUUGGUGCUUGGCGACUCGCAGUCGUCGAUUGAUCUCGACUCGGUAGAGGGGCUAGAAAAGCAGCAGAAGCAGCAGUCGUUGCUUCCAGUGGGGAGUCCGCCAAGGCAGCGCGCCAACACGAAGGUGACCUCACCAGAGCCAUUGCCCGCCACCACAUCCAGCAACGGUAGCGGUGGCAAGGGAGGCGGCCCCACAAAUGGCGGCAAGAAGGUGUCGCCGCCUGUGAUGGACGCCGCCAAUGAACCCCGGCGCACUGCCGUCAACCUUUUCUGCCCGAAGGCGCUGCCUGAUGGCCGUCCCGCGGCGCUGCUGGCAGCCGCAGACACGACGGCGGGUGCCGUGGUGGACCCAUUCCUUGACCAGUCCGAGAACAGCACCCCGGUCACUCUCGAGGCGCUGCUAGUGGAUGUGGGCCACGAGACCUCGCAGGUCGGCGCCCCUCGCAGCGUCUCAUUCGGGGAAGCGCUGCGGAAACGAUACCUCGAGGAGGAAGAAGAUGACGACGUGGACGGCGGUGACGGCGUGACGGAUCUGGCGUUGCCGCGUAUGGCGCAUUAA